UGGCUGCUGCGUGGGUCGAGUCAAGCCGCGGGGAGUGUGUGAGAAGUGAGAAACAAGUCUUCUCGGCGCCGUGACGCCUCUUCUGUGGGAAUGAGGAAAAAGACGCAGAGGAACAGGCGAGACGCGGGUGGAUAGCGCGACAUUUUUUUUUUUACGUUUUAACUUUUCCUUUUUUUUCCCCCAACCCUGUUUCCUGAAGACUUCAGGUAAACAUCAAGUUACUUUCUGUAGCAGAAAUCCCACGAUGCAGAAUUCAUUUGAAACCUCGCAAGUUAUAAAUGUGUCAAACUCCAAACCAGUUCUUCCCCCCAAGCCUCGACUUACUCCCAAGCCCUUUUCACUACAGAACACCACUGUUCGAUCUAUCAAUGCCCCAAAAGCUGUUAGUGCGCCCCCUAAGGGGACAGCAACCCCCCACCAGGCUGGAAAGCCCGUGGCUCAAACUGUCCCUAAAACCGCCUUGACCAGCCCGGCUACCAAACCAACUCAACAAAAGUCCACCACUGUUUCUGUAACGAAUCAAACAAAGCCUUCCAAGAAUGAAUCCAAACCUGCUCCAGUCAAGAAAGAUGUUACCAAAACAAACCAAAAAUCAGAAACAGUGAAGGUAACUAAUAAGGAGCGAGAUGUCACCAAGAAGGAAGUCAAAAAGGCAGAAGAAACGCAGAGCAAUGAUUCCUCGAAAACCAAGGAAAAUUUUCCCUGGGGUGGUACCAGGAAGCGUUUGUCCAAUGAUCUAAUUUCAAAGUUUAGUUCCGGUGGUAUUCCUCCAUCCCCUGAAUUAAACAGAACUGAUUCAGUGAGAAAAAUAAAACCUCCUGUCAACAUACCAAAGGUGAAUGUGCCAGAGCCUCCCACCACAGAAACUAAAGGAGAAGGACUGACCGAGGAGUCCAACGGAGGUGGCAGCAUCAAACGCAGGAUCAGUCUUCUUUAUGACUCGGCGUCCAAGCCAGAAGUUGCCGUAAGGAGAGGGCAGCCCCAGUUUGUAAAGGAAAAAGGUGGUGUCAAGGAACAGAUCAAAAACUGGACUCUGGAAACCAGUCCGGAAGGUCCGACUGAAAAUAAUCCACUGGUUGGAACCCAAACCCAGAGCUUAACGCCUGUCCAAACACCAGAAAAGGCUCACAAACUACCAUCUGGUGAUCAUUCUGGAUCAGGGACCCAAUCUACAGAGUCUGUUUCACACCCUGAUGCAACUGAACAACAGCCAACGAAGCAACUCCACAAAAUAUCGUCAGGAGACGAUCCUCGGCCUUUGGAAACUGCUUAUGAAGCCUCUUCAUCUAAUGGUGUUCAAAAACCAGACUCCGUCCAACGCGGCUUUGUUAAAUUUGGUGCCGUGGAGGGAGGAGAGGAAGAAUCUCCUCUGGGGUCAGAAGCUGAAAACGAAUCAGAUGAGGAUGUAAAUCAAUCUGAAGGGGGUGUACCCGUUUCAGCACCAAGACGACUAGGAGUUCCACAGAGCAAGGAUGAGGAGAUCAGUGAGACGGAACGACUCCAAAAAUUAGAAUUUGAAAAAAAGCGUAAAGCAGAGGAGAGUGAAAAGGAAAGACUCGAGCUAGAAGAGAAAACGAGACAAGAGGAGGAAGAGAGAGAGAAAGAACAAGCUAGGCUGAUGAUAGAAGAAAAGAAGAAGAGAGCGAUUGAGGCGGAGAAAGAAAGAUUGAGGCGGAAGAAAGAAGAAGUGGAGUGGCGUAGAAGGGAGGAACUGGAAAGGGCAAGACAGAUAGAAGCAGAGAAGCUUAGGGCAGAUAAGAAAAAACAAUUGAUCCAAAAGAGGGAAGAAGAGGAGAGACAGGCAAGGGAGGAACUUGAGAGAGAGAGGCUGAGGGAAGAGGAGAAAAAGAGGAAGGAGGAAAAAGAAAUUAUAAGACAGAAGAUGGAAGAAGAGGAGAGGAGGAGAAGGGAGGAGCAGGAGAUGGAAAGAAUGAGGCUGAAGAUGGAAGAAGAUGAGAGGAGGAGAAGAGAGGAGCUGGUGAGGGAAGAGGAGAGGAGGCAAAGGGAGGAGCUGGAAAGGGAAGAGGAGAGGAUGAGAAGGGAGGAGCUGGAGAGGGAAGAGGAGAGGAGGAGAAGAGAGGAAAAAGAAAAAAUGAAGCUGAAGAUGGAAGAAGAGGAGCGCAAGAGAAGGGAAGAACUGGAGAGGAAAAGGUUGAGGGAAGAGGAGAGCCGUUGGGAGGAGCAGGAGAGGGAAAGAAUGAGGCUGAAAAUGCAAGAAGAGGAGAUGAAGCGAAGGGAGGAACUGGAGAGAGAGAGGCUGAGGGAAGAGGAGAGAAGGAGGGUGGAGCAGGAGAGAGAAAUAAUGAGGCUGAAGAUGGAGGAAGAGAGGAAGAGCAAGGAGGAACUGGAGAGAGAAAUGGUAAGGGAAGAGAAGAGAAGGAGGGAUAUGGAGGAGAGGGAAAGAUUGAGGCUGAAGAUGGAAGAAGAUGAGAGGAGGAACAGUGAGGAACUGGAGCGGGAAAGGCGAAGGGAAGAGGAGAGAAGGAGAGAUAUAGAAGAGAGGGAAAGAUUGAGGCGGAAGAGGGAAGACGAGGAGAGGCGGAGAAGGGAGGAACUGGAGAGAGAAAGGGUGAGGGAAGAGGAGAGAAGGAGGGAAGAGCAGGAGAGAGAAAUAAUGAGGCUGAAGAUGGAAGAAGAGAGGAGGAGCAGGGAGGAACUGGAGAGAGAAAGGCUAAGGGAAGAAGAGAGAAGGAGAGAUAUGGAGGAGAGGGAAAGAUUGAGGCUGAAGAUGGAGGACGAGGAGAGGAGAAGAAGGGAGGAACUGGAGAGAGAAAGGCUAAUGGUAGAGGAGAGAAGGCGGAAGGAGGAGAAAGAACGAUUGAGGCUGCAGAUGGAAGAACUGGAAAAAGAGAGGUUGAGGGAAGAAGAGAAAGAAAGAACGAGGUUGAGGAUGGAAGAAGAGCAGAGAAGAGUACAACUGGAGAGAGAAAGGCUGAGGGAAGAGAGGAAGGAGAAGCAAGAGCGGGAAAGAAUGAGGCUAAGGAUGGAAGAAGAGGAGAGGCGGAGAAGGGAAGAAUGGCAAAAAGAAAAGCUGAGGGAAGAGAAAAUGAGGGAGGCGGAAGAGAGACAGAGAAGAGAGGAACUUGAGCAAGAGCAUCUGAGAGAAGAGGAAAGAAAGAGUAAAGAGCUAGAAAUAAUGAGGCUGAAGAUGGAAGAGGAGAAAAGGCAGAAAAGGGAGGAAUGGCAAAGACAAAAACUGCGGGAAGAGGAGAGAAGGAAGGAGGAACUGGAGAUGACAAUGCAGCAACAAAAAGAAGAAAUGGAGAGACAGAGAGAGGAGGCGAGAAGAGAAGACGUUAGCAAGACAGAAGAGAGAAGAAGGCAAGAACGGAUGAGGAAGAAGUCACAUGAAAUUGUGGAGAAACUCAGGAUGGAGUCAGAGCGAAAAAGAGAAGAACUUACCUUCUCCAAUAUGCGAAACAGAACCCCUGUUGAUGAAACCGAGACAACUUCAAUCAGAAUCGACUCGGGAGGUCCACCUCAAAGUCCACGCAGCCUCUCAGCACGAACUGGGAGAACGUACGAUGAUUUUACAGUCAAUGAACCUCAGAUCCACCUGAAGAGUGAGAACAACUUUGAUGACUUUUCAGUCAAGCCAAAGAGAUGGGGCUCGCCGUCUAAAGUCAUUUCAACCACGCGAGACGCCGUGGUGGACAGGCUGAUGCCCAUAGAUGCCGGUCUUCAGGAGAAGGAACCGCAAGAGAGAGAAGGCUUUAGGCCAGAAUCGGGCUGGAGAAAGCAUGAACCGAGGGAGGGAAAUAAGCAGCUGGAACAGAACCAACCGCUUCAUGUGGAGAAAGAUGAGGAAGUUCAACAGCGAGGGGACGCUAAGAAGGAGUGGGAAAGACGAGGCAUGAAGCAAGAUCACAUGGAUGAGGAGACUGUGCAGAGUUAUGGUGAAGACACUGAUGCCUUGCUGGACUCCGAGUCUGACACGGCAAAUACAACCUAUGAAUGGAGAUCUAGAACUGACCGGACUCUUAUUGAACCAAGUCCAAAGCCUUCCGUCGAUGCGCUUCCUAAGGUCCUCCAUGACGAGGUUGAUCCAACGGAACCGGAACUGUUUCCCUUCCCUGAGACCUUUACUCCUCUCCUGGACACCAGCGCGCAGAAGUUCAGGGCCGAUCUGGCCAAGACCCACAGGCGAUCACGUCCGUCACGCGCCAGACCAACUCUACCAGAGAGUCAGGACUGGAGGUCUCGUGACACAACAGACGGCGAGCAGAAGGAGUCGGACUCUGAGGAGGAGGAGCCGCCCAACCAGAGGACAGUCUCCACUCCUCCUUCCUCCAGGAAGGUGGCCGUGUUCCCUGGCAUAAGUCCUCUGAGCCUGAUUGCUCAGAUGAAGAAGAGAGCAGAAGGAAGAGACCAGACUGAAGAGGACAAGGAAAGUCUCAACGACCAAGCCGAGCCGUCUGCGCCCGUCCCCAUGCCUCGCUCUCCCCGCCCUCGCGCUCCUCUGGCUGGGGCCGCUCUAGUGCUGCCACCCUUAGGCGGCACAGACGGAGGUGCUGUGCCUUCUCCGUCCUGGCUCAUGGAGCUGAAAUCUAAGAAGCGUGUCAGUCAACACGAAGGGGAGUAGUGUGCAGGAGCAACCACCACGCUGCUGGCAGAGAAUCCAUCCCAAGUCAGAUGACACCUCACCAAGGUCUUCAUUUUGCACUUUUGGAGCGCCUUAUUUUGUACAUUUACUGAAAUAUGCCAAAAAAAGAAAGAAAGAGGAAAAUUCAGGCUUCUGCAAAAUACAUUGAACACUUUUUUGUUGUUGUCUUGUACGUGAUUAGUUGCCAAGGCCGAAGAGCCACCAUUGUGCAUGUUGGGGGGAAGAACCAGGCACACAUAUCAGAGAGCACAAUAAUAAGCUUGCCGGAGGAUGUUUUUAUGCUGUGUGAAUAAUGUUUGUCUGCUUCUCAUCAAGUUCAACAACAUUUGAAAAGUGUUGGAUGGAUUAAAGUCUUUUCUACGAAA